GACACGCCCUUCCACUCAUGGCGGAUCAUCAAGCGUUGGAAUCUCCCGAAACGAGGUGGCCGUCCACCUGAUCGAUGCCACUCUUUAUUGCCCUCCCUAUAGCGACUCCCACCUGCUCCAAUGACGGGAGUCGGAGGGAGUUGGGCGUAUAGGCCGUUCUGUGAACUGACGUCGCAGCGCACAGCAUGCGAGGUGUUUCACCUGCAGCAAAAUGUAUAUAACCAUCGCCGCGACGUCCAGCAGUGUUUUCUCCCCUCUCUGCUUCACAACAGCGCAAUUGGGAUACAUUGAUGACGUUUGCCACUUGAACGUUCUUGUUGAAUUCACUAAUCUAUCUUCACGACUUGAACUCGUCCUUUCGGCGCACCAUGCCCUCCUCUCUCACCUUCACGAAGAAAGACAUUCUCAAUAGCCUUAUCCUUGGCGACCAUGGAGGCAUCAUAUACACCACGCAGAGCCUCAAAGGCUUCCGUGGGCGCAAGGUCACUUCGCUAAUCGGCGGUGGUGCAUUGAGUGGCUCGUCCACUGCUCAUACUACACCUCCCGCUUCCAUCCAGUGGCGCAAACGCCUUGUCGACAUCAACGGGCAGGUCAAGCAUGUUGAGAUGCUCAAGCGCCGCUCUCGCGGUUGGUUCAGCAGUGCACGACUAUGGCAGUGGGGCGAUAUGUCAUAUGAACUGCAUUUCUCGAGUGGGGAAUGGACGGCGCGCUCCUCUGACGGCAAUACUGUGGCUACGUUCUUUCCUUACCAACCCCGCCUCUUCCACAAGAGCGAGCAAGCGCAGAUAUUUCUCCUACGCGAUCUGUCACCUACAGAAACAGCCUUUCUGAUUGUGGUGUUUAUCUACAUGGAGCUUAGGAGGCAGGAUAAGCAGCGUUCGUCCAGCGCCGCGAGUGCGGGGGCUGCCGCGGGUGCAGGCGGGGGCGGAGGAGGUGGCGGGUGCUAGGGCUGCUCCUCUCCGCCCCGACAGUGGAAUAGCGAUAAUCGUGAGCUUGAAUGUAGCCUUCCAGAUGCAAA